AACUUUUUAAGCUCCUCUUGGUUGUUGGUUUCUCAUUCGGUGCCUGAAAAGAUGGGAGCUGAGACGUUUGUGGCUGUUUGUGUUCUGGCUGGUUUCCUCAGCAAAGGUUUAAGCUUACCAGUUGCUAGAGAAACCCAGAAUGCAAACCAUAAAAGGAUGGGAAGAAAAGCUGAUUUGGCUUUACAGAGCGGCUUUGAUCUCCUACAGUCACUGGAUUCCAGGUUGGAAAAUCUGGUUAAAGUACAACUGGAAACCAAUGAGGUGGAAACUCAAACGGCGCUCAGUCUAGACGCCGCCAGCAACCAGACUGCGUCCGACGCCGCCAGCAACCAGACUGCGUCCGACGCCGCCAGCAACCAGACUGCGAAAGUGGACCAGGGAGUCUCUCAGCCGCUUUGA